AUGGAUACUGAAGUUUCUAACUGUUGGUGUAAAUUUUACGACAAUAAAUUAAAAGAUUCGUAUAAAAAUGAAAGGAAAGAAUUGCAGAGAGUUGUUUCGUUGUUCAAAGCGUUUCAAAUGGAAGUGAAAAAUGUGGAGCAAAUACUAUUAAAUGAUAUAUCGAGAUUAAAGGAACAACUGACAGAAAAAGAUGAGCUGGAAGUUAGUGUAAAAGCAAUAAAGGCUAAUACCACGGAUAGUUCAUUUGAAUUUAGUAACAUUGUUACCCAUAAGCAAGAAAAUAACGAUGAUAUAGAGCACAGUGACUUGGAAAGUCCAGAUAUUUUUAUGAAUUCUUUCUCCUCGAAAAGUUCAGUUUCUGACGAAAAAAAGAAUUUACAAAUGAGCCCUUCAUUGUCUUCGAAGAAGAAAUUCAAAUUAAAGACAUUAAGGCGAAGAAACAUUUUCGAGGAUAGGGCAUUUCUAAAUAAGGAAAAUUCUGUUAUUGCAUGUACUCCAGAAGUACAAAAGCCAACAAAAGCACCGAAAUCCAAAAAAACUAAAAAACAAAAACCCAAUCUAGUAUCCGAUAAAGUCCAACAACAUGAUGAUACAACUCUAAAUCAAGCUUUUUGUGAUACUACAUAUAUCAACGAAGAAGUCGUAGAUACAUCACAAUCGCAAUUGGGCAUCACUAGACUUUUGAGCUACAUGAACAAAAGUGACUCUAAAAAAUCAAAUAACAAUACUCAUAAUAACGAUUCAAGCACUUUUAUGGAAUGUGAAGAGCACCAUCAAGAGAAUGCACCAACGAAAAAGAAAUUGAAACAGCAGACUUUACGGUUUGAGCCGAUUGUGAAAGACAAAGCCAAGAAAAAAUUGAUGGGAUUUUCUUGUGUUGAUUGCGAAAAUCUUUAUGGUGACCUCGACUUACCUGAACACAAGUUGCAAGAAUUGAUGAUCCAAUGUUCCAAACAUAAAUACGUUCCUCCUGAAGAGACUUAUCUUUGUUUCCCCCGACCGCUCCGCCUAUGCUUGUUCAUUGAUCCCUCUCGUAUCAACCGCGGAACGUUUGUCCUUUUCGUCCUUAGUCCUUAUCUCCCACAAAAAUGGCGGUCACAACUCCUUGACGUUCGCUACGUCCUUAAACAGUUAAAUAUCGAAACAAUAUUCUCUAAAAAAAUCUCUCAA